ACACGGUGAAAUUUUUUGAUAGAGCAUCAAUUUUGAACGUUAAGUGUGUGGGUUGGCGCACCUUCUAUUUUGAAAGUGUUCAAAGCUGAAUUGGCAAUGUCUUCGAUAGAAUCAUAUGUGUUAAGGAUUAAGCCGGCGUUGGAAAGUUUCUUGAGGUCUCCUACUAUAUCAAAUCUCAAAACUUUGGAAAAUGAGAUGGAGAAAAGUAAUUGGAUUUGCAUAAAUUUGUUUGACGCACAAGUUUUGAUUCCAUUAGUAAUAAAAUUGGAUGAACUGAGCAACGAUGAUCAGGACCUGCGGACAGCCUGUUUGGAAUGCAUUACAAUGGUCUUAUCCAAGACUUAUUUAAAACAAUUGUCUGCUAUUCGUACAGUGCUAGUUGUCACCUUAAAGCAAAUAAGGCAUUGGCCACAAACAUCUAUUCGGCCCGAUUUGUCUGAGGAAAUCAAACUUGCGGCCAUUAAAUGUAUUAUCGCCUGUUUAAAGCGCUCGACUUCCGAUGUAUUAGAACAAUUUUAUUCUAAAGAAUGCAUAGUUAUUUUAGGACAAACUCUGCUCACGUUAGUGGAAUUUAUUGAAUACGAGAAAUACAAACAGCUAGUUAUUAUAGCUUUGGAAUGUUUAAUGGUUGUCUUCUACGUUUACGACGACGCUGAUCAAAUGGACGUUGUUAUGCGCAAUCAAGUGGCCAAUACGAUAUUUAUAUUUCUACCAAAAGUUGUAACUAUUUUGUAUAAAAUGGCACUGGGCGAUGAAAAGUUGAACGAAAUCAUAAAAGUGGUCUCUAUAAAAGCUUUAGGUCGCAUAUUAACCGUAGUUUUUGAAGAAACAACUGAAAAUUUAAUUCACGUCAGUCAUGACGCUGCAGCAUUUAAAGAGUUGCUCGCGAUUGCUUUAUCUAACCAACUUAAUGGACACCAUUCAUUGCUUAAUAAAUUGGCGGCUAAAAAAGUUCCUGCACAGCCAGAAGUUCAACUAAAAGAACUUCAAAACGAAGGACGUUCGCAAAUUUGGAUUCAAGUAUCCUCUAGUAAAUUGCAAUUCAUUUUCAAAGCAAUGGUGGUUUUGCGCUCACACACCUCGAUAAGAAUACGCGGAGAAUAUGCGAAUAUGUGCUGCUUACUAAUGCGGAGAUGUGCCCAUAACUUAAAAGAUAACAUUAUUAUAAUAUUAGAGAGUGUUUUAGCGUUGACGGAAGAUCUAGACUACUCUAUCAGACAUCUUUGCAGGCAAAGCAUAGAUGAAAUGCAGAAUACUUAUGGUAUUAAAGAACUAUUUGACGAAAAUGCUGAGCUUCUUUUUGAAGCACAUUUAACGAAAAUGCCACGUAUUAUAAGUCGAUGUGAUGACAAUGAACAGUUUGCCGAAUUUUCGUUUGUCAAAGGCUUUUUUAAUAGUCUAACGCCAAAAAGGUUGUAUUCGCUGCUGACUGUGCCUAGACACAUGGAAAUAUUUUGCGCAUGUCUGUUGGAAGCCCUAGCUUUGCAAAUGUCUUUUGAUUUUUUGGAGGAUGAGGAUGAAUAUUUUUUGAACCGUAUAUCUUCUAAUUUUGAUUUUGAAAGCCACUCACAAUUAUGUUGGCGCAAAUUUAAGAAUUUAACCUCGACGCGCUGUGUUAGUAUUUUACAAAGCAUUUGUGGCAUUUUGGGUAGAACAGAGAUUUUGAAUCAACUGUUAAUGGACUAUCUCAUGGAGAUGUUAACUCACAAUAACGAAGCUAUGAAUGCGAUUAUAUUGGUGAUACUUUGGUUAGGAAUGGUCGAGGAAAAAUCGGUUCAUUCUAAUAAUUUGAAUUUAGUUUCACAACUUAUAGAAGAGUUACUGAAUGAUAGACAUUGGUGCUUGGCUUUGGAACCGGAUAAUUUAGAGCAUAUCCGUGCUGAUAAGUCAGCAAAUUGGCUUGUGGACCGCACUCCUGGGCUGUACGAAUCUGGGAUUGAAAUACGUACUCAAAACAUUGAUUCGGAUGAUGAAGCGCAAGAAAGCUCUUCACACUUCGUGACUGCGACUGACGCGCAAUAUAAUGUGCUCCAUACAUGUAUGGUUUUAGAUGCUUUAGGUCAUUGCGCUUUACAAUUAGGAGAAAAAUUCGAUAUUUAUAUAUUUCGUUCCUUGCACAAGGUUCUUAUAAAAAUAGCUGACAAGAAUGAAAUGGUUGCUCGCGCUGCUAUGUUUUCUCUUAUGUCAAUUCAAAAAGCUCUGAAAUUUCGUGAUUUGACAUCAUUGAUAGAAAUGCACAUUGACUAUAUAGGCUACCAUCUUAACAUUGCAUUGAAGCGGACGCCUAAUAGCAAAGCCGCCAUUGACAUUAUAACGGUUCUCUUACAUUUUAGUUCUCGAAACUCAAUACCUUAUUUAGAAAAUGUGUUUGACGUUAUCUAUGAACAAUUCUCCGAAUCGCAGAACAAUGUAAGCUAUAAUGCUUACUUGAAAGUAUUUAAAGCUUUUUUAUCCUAUGUUAAUAAGUGGUUACUGAAUUGUGAUUUGGAAAUUGCAAAAAAUUUGGAGAUCCCAGGCAAUAACGGGACAGAUAAAGAAAAUGAAGAAAAUAUUGCAAAAUAUUGGUUAAAUGUGAUAUCGAACACAUUUUCGCGGGAAACAAUGCCAGAUUCAGAAAAUUGUAAAUUAGUUGGCGACAAUAUCGUGUGCCCGCCGGAUCUGAUCUCAGCCGACAAUACGUCCAAUGACAAUUGCUUGCCAAAGCAUUUGGAAAUGGUUAAAACUAUUCUAUAUCAAGUUGCGAAGACUUUGACGACAAAUGAGCAUAUUUAUCAAAUACUGUCUUUAGAUUGUCUAAUAAUUGGGAUACCACUACUAAAAGACUAUGAUGAUAUAUUACUACCAUUAGUUCAUUAUAUGUGGAAACCAUUAACGGAGAAAUUUCGACAGCGAAACAUGAUAAUUACGAUACGUAGCUUGUCAGUGCUAGCCGUUCUGGCUGACAGUGCUAAAGAUUUCAUCACAAAACGUUCUUUAGACGAAGUUAUACCACUCUUUAAAAUAUUCCUCCAAAAUUCAACUGGUCACUGUGCCAAAUUCCACAGCGGUGCAACUCAGUCGUACAAAAUGAAAGUGAAGCUUUUGCAAGAAUUUGCUAAUUUAAUUAUAAGCCUCAACAUUGAUGGUAGACAUGUCAACGAGAUCUCAGAAAUAGUAUCAUUAUAUUUGAGCAACGAGCAGUGUCAAGAUCUUCAAACCGCGGCUGUAACCUAUUUCAUGAAACUACAUCAUUUUAAUGGACCGAUGAUAUAUUUAGUUCUUUUAAAGAAGGCACAUUUAAAACAUUAUCAAAAGAACGUUGCAACGAUAUUCAAUGAAUUUGGAUUGUAUUUAAAUAGGUCACAAGAAAAUCAAAGUCAAGAAUAACUUCUAAUUUCAUGAGGCUUUUGGUCGUGUUCACUUAACGGAAUUACGCAUUUCGAACAGCCGGUCGCAAUGCCUAAUUUGAAAAUAUAGUGCAGCAUAUAAAAUGUUUUUUCUGCUCUACAGCAAUACAACUUAGUACACAAUUGUUCUAAAUUUUGUGAUUACUAAAUUUUAUAAAUAAAGAUGACCACAAACUUGCCAUUAGCCUAUGGAACUAUCACAUUCUGCUGAAGCGAUAAUGGAGGCGUAUGCUUGUUUUUAAGUUUAAAAUGAAAUAAAAAGAAAAGAAUAAGCUGUACAUAUGUAAAGAGAAUUACAAACUUAUCAUUGGGAUAUAGCGAGUCUUCAUAUGAUGGUCGGUGUCCUGCGUCUUUUGUAAACUAAAACGGAAUAAAAAUAAAUGAAUAAAUGAUAGAUAUUGAAAUUGUCUUUUGGGUAGUUGGUGACAAUGUCAUCGCUCACGUCUUGGCAGGUAUCUUCCCUUUGGGUUAGGUCCUUUAUACACGCUUGACAUCUUAGCUGCUCUCGGAUGUAUCGAGCGAUCCUGUGAGCAGUCGCAGAUAGCCUUCUUCUUUGUUGCAGAUCUGAUUUGCAAUCAGAUCGCCGAAUACCUUCUCAUUGAGGCCAAAUGGUGUAAAUUCUUCUUCGGCCUUCAAUUUUGUAGUUCAUAUUAUCGAUCAGAUAGUAGUAAUCAUUGGAUCUGAACCCGCCUGCCCAUUCUGCCACCUGCAGGUUCAUUAAUAUUUAAUGGCGCUAUAGUUAUGGCAGUGUAGGCUUCCAGCAGCUCGUCCAUAAGUUUAGUGAAAUUGGAAACUAUCAGACGGGUGUCCACCGAUACGAGGUCCGCCGCUAAAUUCGCCUCCAAAUAAUUUCUGGCAUUUUCCAGUUCAGCUUUGAGCUCCUUCCAUGUGCUGUUGUUCAAGGAACCUCGAUGAAAGACGUUCGCGAACUUUGUAACCGCGAUCACCAAGUCGCACAUACUCCGCGCUCCUCCAUCCGAAAUCUCACUGGCAGUUCUUGCACACAAUCUGCGUGUAAGAACAAUAACUGAUAUAUUUGUGCAUCUAUACACUUUCUCCACUCUUCAUCACACAUACAUGCUUUACCCACAAAAAAAAAACAAAGAGUCUAAAAGAAAAAUGUCGAAUAAUAAUUAAUACGGCGCCAAACAUAUGUAUGCUAGUGCCGCAAAUUUGAAUAUAACGGGUACAAAAUUAUUCGAAAUUGCUAGCAACUAGAGACGCUAACGAGAUUCCCGGGGAAACUGCGUGAAUCUUAGAUGGGUCUUCUUGUCAAUACAUGAAAUAUAUAAAAAUUGUCACUAAACGAAAUAAAUGCACUUAACGUCAAUAAACUGUUAA